AUGUGUAAAGUCUGCAGAAAUACGGAUCCUUAUCGCCUGUACAAUUUGGAUGUAUUUGAAUACGAGCUGAAUGAGCCAAUGUCGCUGUAUGGUGCUGUUCCGUUUCUGGUCACCCACAACAAGGAGCAUUCGUUGGGCAUGCUUUGGCUGAAUGCAGCAGAAACUUGGGUUGAUAUUGCUUCCUCAACCGCUGAUAAGGGUAUUUUGCGAUCGAUUGUUGAGAAAAUCAAAAGCUCGACGGAGGUGCCGCAAAUUGAUGUACAUUUCAUGUCGGAGUCGGGCCUCAUUGAUCUGUUCUUGAUGUUGGGCCCACGACCCAAUGACAUAUUCCGGCAGAAUUCGGCAUUAACUGGAGUUUAUCCAUUACCACCUUUAUUUUCGCUUGCAUAUCAUCAGAGUCGGUGGAAUUACAACGACGAGGAGGAUGUACAGGAAGUACACGAAGCAUUCGAUAAACACGAUAUACCGGUCGACGUGAUCUGGCUUGAUAUUGAGCAUACCGAUGGGAAACGAUACUUCACGUGGGACCAGCAUAAAUUCCCAAAACCGAAAGAAAUGAUCGAUAAAGUCUCUGCAAAGAAAAGAGACGGAGAAGAUUAUGAGGGGCACUGUUGGCCGGGUGCAUCAAUGUAUCUGGAUUUCCUGAAUCCGGAAGUUCGUGACUUCUGGGCAAGUAAAUUUGCAUUCGACCAGUAUGCUGGCUCAACGGAAGAUCUGUUCACAUGGAACGAUAUGAACGAGCCGUCGGUAUUCAGUGGACCGGAAGUGACCAUGCACAAAGAUGCGAAACAUUUCGGUGAUUGGGAGCAUCGCGAUGUGCACAAUAUCUAUGGCUUUUAUCAUCAUUCUGCGAGCUAUCGUGGUCUACUUGCCCGUACGAACGAACGUAGGCGACCAUUCAUAUUGACGCGAUCAUUUUUUGUUGGCAGUCAACGUACAGCAGCUGUCUGGACCGGUGAUAAUACAGCAAGUUGGGAGCACCUGAAAAUCACCGUACCAAUGCUGCUUUCGUUGUCUGUUGCUGGUAUACCACACCAUUCUGCGAGCUAUCGUGGUCUACUUGCCCGUACAAACGAACGUAGACGACCAUUCAUAUUGACGCGAUCAUUUUUUGUUGGCAGUCAACGUACAGCAGCUGUUUGGACCGGUGAUAAUACAGCAAGUUGGGAGCACCUGAAAAUCACCGUACCAAUGCUACUUUCAUUGUCUGUUGCUGGUAUACCACACGUUGGCGCCGAUAUUGGCGGUUAUUUCGGGGCAUUUGAUGAGGAGCGCGAAUGGUUGGUGGGUGCUGGUUUGCUGGUACGUCCGAUCAUGGAUCCCGAUGUGAAAUCCGUAUCUUUGUAUUUACCAGGCGUAAGGAAUGUUAUAUGGUACGAAUGGAGCGAUCAUAAGGGUCGAAUCGCCCCUGGUGCUGUGUAUGUAGAUGCUCCUCUGGAUGCAAUACCUCUAUUCCAACGCGGUGGUACAAUUAUUCCAACAUGGGAACGAGUAAGGCGAGCUUCAACCCUUAUGCGUCAAGAUCCCAUCACAUUGUAUAUUGCAAUCAAUCUGAAGGGUGAUUUCUCGAAUGGUACAAUUUAUAUGGACGAUGGCGAGACAUUCGAUUACCAAAAUGGCCAGUACUUAUACUGGGGAUUUAUUUACAAAAAAGAAGGCGACCAGCUGUAUUCGAUUUCGUCCAAAAAUCUGGAUAGAAGGGGGAAGCUUCAAAACAACAUUUAUAUUGAAAAAAUUGUUGUACGAGGUGUUCGAUAUUAUCCAACAAACGUACACAUUUAUCUCGACGGUAAUGUUUAUGCUCUUGCAAAGCUUAUUCGCUUCGAGGAUUACGAGUUGAUUCCGAGCGGAAGCUUUUGGUACGAACGUCGCCUGGCAGCAACAAACAUCUACCCAUUCAGCAUGGAAGGAUAUCCCAAAAACCUGUUGCAUUUGAUAAUGUAUGCUUUUGUUUCAGACUGGAAUCCAGAAACGGCCGAUUACACGCAUGAUCGUGAUGCCCAAACAUUGAUCAUUCGAAAGCCGGGUGUGCUGUUAACGCGGGAAUUCAGAAUCGAUAUUCAUGCCUGA